AAGAAAAAAGAGUUGGGGCUUGAAGAAGUGAGAACAAGAAGGGAGUUCUACAGAGGAGACGGUGUCGUAGCUUAGGGUUUUCAUUUUGAUCCUUGUUUGCAGCCUGCAAAUGUCUUCUUUAACGUGCGCGAAACUUACACUAUUCUCCAUAGCUGGAGUUGUUAUCCAAAUCAUUGGCCUCUCGCUCUUCGUUUAUGGCUUCUUUCCCGUCAAACCAGCCCUCUCUGGCAUCAGCGGUACCGAGAGUUUCCGUGUGCCUCGGUGUAACUCGGUUCACAAUGAGAGCGAGGGAGAUCUGCCUCCGGACCAGCUAAAAGCGCUCUAUGAGGAACUAUCAGGAAUCCACCCGUUUGACCGACUAAUUUUAAUGGUUAUUGAUGGUCUUCCAGCAGAAUUCGUCCUUGGCAAGGACCAUCAGCCUCCACCCAAGGCUUUGAUGGAAGCUAUGCCGUAUACUCAGUCAUUGUUAGCAAAUGGAGUGGCAAUUGGGUACCAUGCGAAGGCUGCACCUCCAACUGUAACAAUGCCUCGUCUGAAAGCUAUGGUUUCUGGGGCAAUUGGGGGAUUCUUGGACUUGGCUUUCAAUUUUAAUACACAGGCUCUGCUAGAUGACAAUCUUCUUGGCCAGUUUUUUAGUGUUGGUUGGAAGAUGGUGAUGCUUGGUGAUGAAACGUGGCUUAAGUUGUUUCCAAGAUUAUUUAUGAGGCAUGAUGGAGUUAGCAGUUUCUUUGUAAAAGAUACUGUACAGGUAGAUCAUAAUGUUUCUCGACAUUUGGGUGAUGAGUUAAGCAGAGAUGACUGGCAUCUUCUGAUUCUACAUUAUCUAGGCUUGGAUCAUGUUGGACAUAUUGGUGGGCGUAACAGCAUCUUAAUGGCCCCAAAACUUUUAGAGAUGGACGAAGUGGUGAAGAUGAUUCAUACAAGUAUUAUUGCAAAUCAAGAUAAUGGCCAAAGACGGACACUUUUGGUGGUAGUAAGUGACCAUGGCAUGACAGACAACGGUAAUCAUGGUGGUUCUUCAUAUGAUGAGACCGACUCCCUUGCUCUUUUUAUUGGCCUAAAAAAUCACGACUCUGAGCAUGCUUCAUACGCCGUCAACACUGUUUACCAGGUUGACAUCGCACCCACAUUAGCUCUUAUAUUUGGUGUGCCAAUUCCUAAAAACAAUGUAGGUGUCCUUAUCUCGGGAACUUUCGAUUCGUUUACAGAUGAACAAAAUCUGAAAGCAUUGGAGUUGAAUUCCUGGCAGUUAUUCAGAUUACUCCAAGCACAGUUACCUGGUUUAUCAUGUGAAAAUUCCCCAUGCGAGAGCUUUAUUCAUGAUCAAGGGCCUAGGAAAAGUAAGUGCAAUGGGAAUCUGGAGAAUAUGAUUUGUUGUUUAUACUUGAAUGCCACAGUUCUUCACAGUUCAUGGAAGUCUAAGAAUGUCUCCAGGUCUUAUAGUAGGGCAGAUUACAGUAGCAUAGUUGCAGCAUAUUAUGAGUUUCUGAAAACUGCAAGUGAAUGGUUAUCACGCAGAGUCACUGAUAAACCUGUUAACCUACUUGCUUUUGGAGUUACAGCAAUGCUACUAUCAUGUCUGAUACUGUUGUGCCUUAUAUUUCAUGUCUGCAAAGAAUUUUGCAUUAGACAGAAGAAAAACUUUGACUUAGUUGAUGGUAUGUGCAAUUGGAAUUUAGAUGAGGCUUUUAUUUUGGGUGUCAUCUUGAUUGUUAUUAUAAGUAUGGGUUCAAGUUCUAUGGUAGAGGAAGAGCAAUAUAUUUGGCAUUUUUUGACUUCCACAUUGGACCUGUUAUUACUCCGUAAAACGAUGCAGUCACUCCCAGUGAAAAAAUUGGUCAGAUUGUAUGAGGGAACGAAGAAAAUUGGUUUCCAAGUGUUUUCCAUCUUUGUGCUUAUUAUUUCUGGAAGAACUUUGAGAGGCUGGCAUCAAGGAGGUGUGAAUUGGACCCAUCUUCCCGAUAUUUCUAAGUGGCUCGAGCAGGCUGGGAGCAAUAAUGUAAAACUCGUUCAGCUAGUCUCCUGCCUCCUGAUCAUCGGCUUGUGUUUUUUCACUCUAUCUGUACUGGGAUCAAGGAGGAAAUUUGUUUUGGUGGUUGGGUUUAGCUUUUUGGUGUUUGGGCUGUUGGUGUUGCAACAUAUCAUGAUAUAUCAGGAGAACACUAUUGUGCAAUCAAGUUCUACUACUACCUUAAUGGUACAAAUCAUCUUUGCAGUUCUGGGCAUUACUGCAAUUGGAACUUUCAUCGCCUUGCCAUUGGUUAUGCCUAUUAGCAUAUCUAAGACGCACUCAAGUCAUGAUAGCUACACGUCAACUUCUGAUCCUAUUAAAAUUCAAAACAAGUAUCCACUAGUGGAAUUAAAAGCUUCUUUAUAUGUGAUUGGAUGGACAUACAUUUGCUACUGGUGUCUUCUGCAGCUACUGCUCCAACAACCAGUUAAUGCAGUGCCUAUAUUAUUAAUUCUAGUGCAAAUUCUGGCAAGCAUGACUUAUUCUUCUUAUAGUGGUCUACAUCAGAAGCAAUGGGUUGAGAUUGCUGCAUUGUACUAUUUGGGAAUGGCGGGCCAUUUUGCCUUAGGGAACAGCAAUACUUUGGCUACUAUUGAUGUUGCUGGAGCUUUCAUUGGCAUGUCAAGUCAUUCGACACUACUAUCUGGCAUUUUGAUGUUCAUCAUAACCUAUGCGUCCCCCAUCUUGUUUCUUAUUAGCAUGGUGAUGUACAUCUCAGUGAAGGACACAACCUAUCUCCUAAUUUCCCAGAGUGCAGAUUCAGGAUAUCUUCUCAAGAUCAUGCUUGCAUUGCCUUGUCUGGUUCCACUGGGCGUGAAUUCCAUUCUCUUGACUGCAUACACCAUCGUACUGCUGUUGAUGAGGAAUCACCUAUUUGUUUGGAGCGUCUUUUCUCCAAAGUAUCUCUAUGUCUGCGCUACAACUGUAUGCGUCUAUAUAGGUGUAUCUUCUGUGGCUCUAACUGUGAUCUAUUCAUAUUUGGUGCUGGCCUUCCGGAAACGCAUGCUGUGCUCAUCUAAUACUGACGCAAGAUAGCACUUGGCCCCCAAGAAACCCAGUUUUGAUGCUUAAAAAACCAAUUUACAAUUUGUUCCCAUUGCUUUCAUUACACUUCAAAACUAUGGAAUCAACAUUGAAGUCAAGGAAUUAGUUUUGAGGUUUUUUGAGAAAUAUAAGUUUUAGGGCAAGGACAGUGUCUAUAUCUCUUUGAAUUAUAUAAAUACUAGUGUCACAGAGAUCCUA